AUGAAGACGCCGCCACCUUUCUUCAGCCUCCUAAAGCUCGCCACCGCGUUGCUUCUCGGCAGCCUCGCCAUGCACACCACGGACUCCGACGACGUCACCUUCUCCCUGCGGGACUCCCUCACCUUCCACGACCUCCUCGACGCUGGCAGAGACUUCGGCCACCGGUACCGCCUCCCGCCUGCGGCCGUCUUCCACCCCAAAUCGCCCUCCGACGUCGCCGCCGCCGUGGGGCACAUUUUCCGCAUGGGCCGCCGCUCGGAGCUCACCGUCGCCGCCAGGGGUCGGGGCCACUCCCUCCAUGGCCAGGCGCAGGCUCCCGGAGGCAUCGUCAUCCAGAUGGGCUCCCUCAAGUCCACCCUCACGCGGGUCCACGCCGGCGCCGGCAAAGUCCCCUACGCUGACGUCGCCGGCGGCGAGCUCUGGAUAAACCUUCUCAGGGAGACGCUCAAGCAUGGGCUUGCUCCUCGCUCCUGGACCGACUACCUACACCUCACCGUCGGCGGGACGCUCUCCAACGCCGGCGUGAGCGGCCAGGCAUUCCGCCACGGUCCACAGAUCAGCAACGUUCGCCAGCUCGAAGUCGUCACCGGUGGGCACUCUCACAGCCGCUUCCUUCCUUGUUGUCAUCUUCAUCUUCUUCUUCUUCAAGUGUUUCUUCUUCCUCCGCGGGCGAGCUCACGGAGCGGCUCUCUGGUUGCAGGGCGAGGGGAGCUGCUCAACUGCUCCGAGAAGGAGAACCCCGACCUCUUCCACGCUGCCCUCGGCGGGCUCGGCCAGUUCGGGAUCAUCACCCGCGCCCAGAUCGUCCUCGAGCCCGCGCCGAAAAUGGUAAAUAGCCGAUCGUACAUCAUCCAUCGACCUUUCUUAGAGCAUUAUCGGCAGACCAACUAAAAAAAACAAAAAGAAACCCUUUAUGGACCAUAAAUAGUUUGCAUAAACGUUGAAGGACGUAAGCAGGUUGAAAACCUCGUAUUUAGACAUGAAAUCUUCUACCAACUAAAUCAAGACCGAAGAUAAAACCUAUGCUUUCGUUGGUUCUUGAGCACUUUAGUGCGCAUAGAUUCUCGUGUAUCAUCAUGGAAUAUUCUCCGCUACCUACACUAUUUGAAUGUAGACAUACACUGUGUCCUAUUUAUAGCAUGAUGAUGCUUUAUUUUCUAUUAUAUUUUUAUAGAAGAAAUUCUUAAAGACGGUGUUAAAACCAUCAUAAUAAUUAGCUACAUUUUUGAGAAAUAAAAUAAUUAAAUAUGUGAACUCGCCCAUACCAUACCAUGCCAUCCCAUGCCAUCCCAUGCCAUCCCAUGCCAUGAUGAUAUAGUUAACGUUUGACUUACAUUUUGUCGACUCCAUGAAAGGCUGCAUGUUGAGGGAAGACGAGUUCUUCGUGUAGGUGAGGUGGAUUAGGGUUCUGUACGAGGACUUCGCGGCCUUCACUGAAGACCAGGAGAUGCUGAUCUCGGCGGAGAAGACGUUCGACUACGUCGAGGGGUUCGUGAUGGUCAACCGCACCGGCAUCCUCAACAACUGGCGGUCCUCCUUUUACCCUCAAGAUCCCCUCCGCGCCGCCCAGUUUGACUACGACGGGAAGACCCUCUUCUGCCUGGAGAUGGCCAAGAACUUCAACCCCACCGCCGCCCAGCUCGCCCACCAGGUAAACUAAACCAACCCCCCCCAACCCCCCCCCAACCCCCCCCAAACUGCCGCCGCCGUUGACUGAGUUUUUCUCCGACGAUCACGCAGGAGGUGGAGGAGCUGCUCUCCAGGCUCCGGCACGUGCGCUCAACAGUGUUCCAGACGGAGGUGACGUACGUGGAGUUUCUUGAUAGAGUCCAUGCUUCAGCGGAGAAGCUGAGGUCAAAGGGCCUGUGGGAGGUCCCCCAUCCAUGGCUGAACCUCUUCGUGCCGGCGAGCAGGAUCGUUGACUUCGCCGGGGAAGUAUUUGGCAAAAUCGUCAAAGACAGCAGCAGCGGGCCCAUCCUCCUCUACCCGCUGCGCCGGUCAAAGUGGGACAACCGAACAUCGGCGGUCAUCCCCGACGAGGAGAUCUUCUACCUGGUGGGCUUCCUCCACUCGGCGCCGCCGGCGGACGGCGGCGCCGGCAACCUCCGGCGAGCGCUGGCGCAGAACGAGAGGAUCCUGAGCUUCUGCCGCAGCGCCGGCAUCAAGGCCAAGCAAUACCUCCCCCAUUACACCAUCUCGUCGGAGUGGAUGACCCACUUCGGCCUCCGGUGGGAGACCGUCGUCCGUAGGAAGAUGGCCUACGACCCCAUGGCCAUUCUUGCUCCUGGUCAGAGGAUUUUCCAAAAAGGGUUGUCUUUGUCGUAA